AAGCACAUGGCUAUGUUUAUAAAUUUGAGGGGCGUGUCAAUUAUCCACCAAUCAGAUUGAACUCUUUUUACGUCAUCGGGCAUAGAAAAUAAAAGACGUGGAAAGAUGAGCGACAAUCUAAAUGGGUUUUACUUCGGUGGCAUCGAGGGGGGUGGUACCCAUUCUACCAUGGUGCUCCUUAAGGGAGAUGGGACUAAAGUGGCCCAGAGUGAGGGGGACUGCACCAAUCAUUGGCUGGUAGGCAUUGAUACUGCCCUUAAGAGGAUGAACGAGAUGGUAGAGGAAGUGAAAAAAGCAGCAGGACUGCAACCAGAAACGAAACUGAAAUCACUAGGUAUGUCUUUGAGUGGUGGAGAUACACCUGAGUGCCAAGAGAAAAUAUCUAAUGGUAUGGCCAACAAAUACCCAGGGACCAGUGAACACUACAAAGUAUGCAAUGAUGCCAUAGGUGCCAUGGCAACAGCUACUCCUGAAGGGGGUAUAGUGCUAAUAGCAGGUACAGGGUCCAACUGUCAACUUGUCAACCCAGACCAAUCAACACAAGGGUGUGGGGGUUGGGGUCAUCUAGUGGGAGAUGAAGGCAGUGCAUAUUGGAUCACACAAAAAGCUUUAAAAAUAUUAUUCGACCAUGAGGACAACCUGAAACUGUGCUCAAUGGACCUCAGCUGUGUUAGAAGGGUCAUGUGCAAACACUUUCAAAUAAAAGAAAAAGCUGAACUGUUAGACUUCUUAUACUCCAAGUUUGAAAAAGCAUAUUUUGCCAACAUGUGUGCACUUUUAGCAAAAGAGGCAGUUGAACACCAAGAUCCUUUAUGUUUACAUAUAUUUAAGGAGGCUGGCAGAGUAUUAGCUCAUCAUAUACUAGCAGUAGCACCAAAGAUCGAUAAGAGUCUGCUGGCGAUGGAGGGAGGCUUACAUGUAGUCAGUGUGGGGUCAGUCUGGAAGAGUUGGGACCUUCUAAAAGAAGGAUUUCUUGAAGGAUUAAGACCUCAAAGUGACAAUGGAGUCCUCGUCCCAGAAUUCACUCUGAUGAAAUUGAAUGUGAAUGGAGCAUUUGGUGCUGCAGCAAUUGGUGCAAAGCAGGCGGGUAUCAAGCUACCCAUGAACUAUGCAGCUAAUGCUGAAGUAUUAUUCCAUCAUAAAUUCUGAAGGAUGCAUAAAUGGACUAUGUCAAAUCUAGGUCAUGGACUGUUAAAGCAGAUAUACAUGCAUUAAUACAUACCCGCAAUUUAUUCAGAAUAUUUUCCUCUUCAUACUGAGUUUGGACACUGAUACCUGAAGCUACACUGAAUAUUCAUGUCAUUGUUAAUAGUAAACUACAUAUCAUGUUUCAGUGUAAAAUACACAUUCCCAAAGACAUGCAGUAUUUAUUUGAUUUAUCACCUAUAUGCAUAUUACGAACUAAGAGGAAUAUUUUCAUCUAAAUAGUGUGUUGUGGAAUAUAAUUCUGAACAUCAACAACUGAAUAUAUAUUUUAAUUUACAAGAAUC